AAAACUAAAAUAGAAGGCUAUGAAAAAACUUCUUAUCAGCCUUAUUAAAAGCGUUUAGUGUUAUAUAUAUUGCAUAUGUUAGUCAAAUGAGUUUAAAAUAGUACUUUAGGACUAAUUAUUGUACAUCAUGAAGAGUUUUAUGUUGUUUUUAUUGAUUCAUUUCUUGCGCGAAAGCACUUGUGUAAAGCCUAAAACAUUGGCCAAAGGUGGUGGACCAAUAUGCAAUGCAUCAAGAUGUAAAAAAGUAGCUGAUAAGAUCAUGGAGAAUAUGGACCUAGCAGCUGAUCCAUGUGAAAAUUUUUAUCAAUACGCAUGCGGUGGAUGGAUAAAAACGCAUAAAAUACCAAAAAGCAAAGACGAAUAUUCAGCUAUAGUAGAACUAUCAGAUAAUGAUGAUCAUUUGUUAAAAAAACUUCUACCAAAAGCAAUGAAAAACGACACAGAAACGAUUAGAAAAGUAAAAGACUUUUAUAGAUCGUGCUUGGACACAAGCACAGUGGAUAAAUUAGGCGCCGAACCAAUAAAAAAGUUUUUAAAGCGCAUAGGAUCAUGGGAUAUAAGUCCAAAUUGGAAUGGUAGUAGCUGGAAUUUUGUGAACACAUUGAGAUUGUUACAUAAAGAAUAUCCGGCGGAGAUUUUUUUUACUGUUGAUGUAGAUGUUGACCCAAAAAAUCGAACUCAAAAUAUUGUCACGAUAGACCAAGCUAAAUUGAGUUUACCACAGAUUUCGUAUUUCACCAAUAAAAAGGCUUUACAGACAGUUGUAAAAUACGCGACUGAUAUAGCUUUGUUAACCGAAGAUAUCAAAUCACGUGAUGAUGAUCCAGAUAUGUAUGAUAGUGUCCUGCAGAAGAUGAAAGAUGUCGUCACCUUUGAAAUCGCUCUAGCUAAGAUAUCAGUGCCAAAGCAAGCUAAAAGAUACGCAAGAACCUCGAUUGAACAUUUAAAAGAUGCUAUCCCAGAGUUCCCUUGGCUUGACCAUCUGAAAGAAGUUUUAUCUCCACGCAAAGUGACAAAAGAUGACAAAAUAGUUGUCUUAUCAAACGAUUAUUUAGCUGAUGUGGUGAAGUUAAUAAAUAACACAGAUCCAGCAAUAUUGUGCAAUUACAUGGCAUGGCGUAUGGUGAAAGACAUGGUGCCAUUUUUAGGCUCGGAUUUCACAAAACAAUACAACUCCUUUAAAACAGAACUUACUGGAGUUGCCAAUAACAAGACCCGCGAGGAGAUCUGCUUUAAAUAUACAGAUGAAAUAUUGGGACCUUUAGUUGGGGCGUUGUUUAUUCGUUACGCCUUCUCACCCAACGAUAAAGCAGAAGUAGAAGAAAUGAUGGAACUUAUUGUGAAAUCAUUUGAAAGGAAUGCUGAGACUGUUGACUGGAUAUCCAAGCAAACCAUUAAAUCAGUUCGAGAGAAGGCUGAUUCAGCUGUUAUAAAAGUUGGUUAUCCAGAUUAUCUUUACAACGAAACACAAUUCAAAGAACGUUAUAAAGAGAUCUCAAUUAAGCCGAACACAUUCUUUGAAAACGUGGCAAGUAUCGAUAAGUUUUCUAACAGAAGAACAUUUAGAAAACUCGACAAACCAGUGGACCCUCAUCAAUGGGUGAGCGUACCACAUAUGGCCAAUGCGUUCUAUGUUGUCACCAAAAACGAAAUCGUGAUACCUGCUGGCAUUCUUCAACCACCAUUCUUUUAUGGUGAGCCAAUUCCAAGAUCCAUCAGUUACGGCGCGAUUGGUCACGUUCUUGGUCACGAAUUGACGCAUGGUUUUGAUACUCUAGGCAGGAAAUUUAACAAACUUGGAGAGUUGAUUCAGAAACGAACAAAGUGGAGUGAUCCUUCUAUAAAAAUGUUCGAGAAGCGAGCGAAAUGCUUAUCAAGGCAAUUUUCGAAAUAUAAAAUCGGAAAUACCUUACAUAUUGAUGGAACUAACACAUUAGGUGAAAAUAUAGCUGAUGGUGGAGGAGUUAAAAUGGCGCAUAUGGCUUACAAAAGAUGGGUGGAGACAAAUGGAGAAGAAUAUGUGCUUCCUAAGAUCAACAAAACUAAUGCUGAGAUGUUUUUCAUUGGUUAUGCGCAGAAGGAAUGCCAUAGCUCGACAAAGAAAGCUUUAAUAGAUGCAAUUAAAGAUGAUGUGCAUGCACCUUCUAUGUUUAGAAUUAUUGGAACAUUGAGCAACUCGAAAGAAUUUGCUAAAGCUUUCCAAUGUCCAACUGGUAGUAAUAUGAAUCCAAAAGAAAAAUGCGAAGUUUGGUAAUGAAAAUAAUCUAAAAAUAAAAAAAACUUUUUACGAAAUAUAGGAUAACCUUUUCCCAAAGCGAGUUUACUUUGGCGAUAGAUAGAGUGUGUCGCAUCUCUUUUUUUGUGUUAGUUUUUUCGACAUUAUAGCGAGUCCACUUUGUGAAAGAUGGUUUUUAAGAUAACUGGUUGAUUGAGAACUUCAAACACAUCAAUACCAAUGAUGAAGCGUUUUACGUCGCGAUUCUUCGUUACUGUAUUAUAUUACUUUCUCCGAAAAUGCUUAGGUCAUUUUUUUUAUUUGCUUAAAAAUAUGUUUUUAAGAAAUUAUUUAAAUCUAUUUUUUUAUUAUUUAUAUUUUCAUAUGUAAAUAGAAUGUUGUUUACCGAUAUAUGUAUGUAUUAGAUGAGUUAUCAUGGAUACUCUGCUCGAAAGUAACAUCUCUCACUACUUGAGAGAGCUGUACUUAAUUGAUAAGGAUUAAAUAUGAUA